GGAGUUAGGGUUAGGCUGGGGAGUGAGACACCACGGCGACUGUGACUUUGGCCGAGGAGUAAAAAUGCUCUGGAAGUGAAGGGGCUGUGUCGUCAGGGAUAGAGACGGGGGAAAGCGAGAAAUUCUGAGGAACAUAUAUUCCCAUCCCCCCCCCCCCCACAUUUUCCAGGAUGGAAGCCCGAAGUUUGAGGGAGAAACUUGUGAGGAAAUAAAGGAAGUUAGGCUGAGGGGCAGAGAGCGAGACUUUUCUAUUUUCCAAAAGCUCGGUCUGAGGCCCCUCAGUCUUGCUUCCUACCCCGCGCUUGAGUUUCUCCCCGGUUGGAUGCUUUCAGGGGUAAUGAGAAGAGACAAUUCCUGGCUUUCUUAGAGGGCCUUGUUCUCCUUGGCAACUCAAGUUCUGAUUCCCGCCCUCCCUUCUCGGUUUAGGAAUGUUGUGCUGAGAAGCCACAGAAAAGGGUAUGGGCUUAUUUUGCCAAAGAAAGCACAGCAGUUGCACCCUGUUUUGCAAAAACCUUCAGUGUUUGGGAAUGAUUCUGAUGAUGAUGAUGAGACCUCCGUGAGUGAAAGCCUUCAGAGGGAAGCUGCUAAGAAGCAAGCAAUGAAACAGACCAAACUGGAAAUCCAGAAGGCUCUUGCAGAAGAUUCUACUGUAUAUGAAUAUGACAGUAUUUAUGAUGAAAUGCAGAAAAAAAAGGAAGAAAGUAAUCCCAGAUUGCUUUUAGGAAAAGACCGAAAGCCCAAGUAUAUUCACAACUUACUAAAAGCAGUUGAGAUCAGAAAAAAGGAACAGGAAAAAAGAAUGGAAAAGAAAAUACAGAGAGAACGAGAAAUGGAAAAGGGAGAAUUUGAUGAUAAAGAGGCAUUUGUAACAUCUGCUUAUAAGAAAAAACUGCAAGAGAGAGCUGAAGAGGAGGAAAGAGAAAGGAGGGCUGCUGCACUCGAAGCCCGUUUGGAUGUAACGAAGCAGAGAGAUCUCAGUGGAUUUUAUAGGCACUUAUUAAAUCAAGCAGUUGGUGAAGAGGAAGUACCUACAUGCAGCUUUCGUGAAGCCAGGUCUGGAAUAAAAGAAGAGAAAUCAAAGGGAUAUUCUGAUGAAGUAAGUUCAGAGAACAGAAUACCUCAUGAGAAAUGCAGCCUCCAAACUGUUGUGAAAGUUGAGGAAAACCCUGAUGCAGACAGUGACUUGGAUGCUAAGAGCAGUGAGGAUGAUGCAGUGGAAGAAAAUAAAGGGAACUGCAGAAGGGAAAAGGGUACAGAGACCUUAAAAAAUGAUUCCAAGCAUCACAGGAAUCAUACCCACUCACGAUCAUCUAGUGAAGAAAGAGAGCAUGGUACCAAACACUACGCAAAAAGUACCAAGUCAAGAGGACAUGAGAAAAGGGAAGAUCCGCACCAAGAGAGACAGUCCAGGGAGCAGGACAGUUAUUUCACUGACCGUGAUCACCGAAAAGAAAAGAAGGACUCCCAUAGGCACAGAGAGGCCAGUUACAGAGAUUCCCACUGGAAGAGGCCUGAACAAGAAGAUAGACUGAGGGGCAGAGACCAGAGAGAAAGAAAUGACAGGGAGUGGAAAAGGGAGAAAGACAAGGAGAAAUACCCCUCCAGAGAACAAGAAAGAGACAGACAGCGAAACAGUUAUGACCGACACGGGGAGAAAGGAGAGGAGAAGGAAGAGAAGAGCAAAGAAAGGGAGGCGAGGAAAGAAAGAUACGAAAACAGUGAUAAAUCCAGAGAUAGAGAAAAACGAGAAGUAAGCUUUCAAUCUUCAGAAAGAAAUCGAGACAGAAAGGAAAACAGCCCAGAUUCUAGGGCAAAGGAUAGGUUUAACCAGGAAAGAGCCAAUAGAAUGAGAAACUUGGAAAAGGACAAAGAAAGAAACCCAGAAAAACCUUCUAGUUCUGAAACAUCACUGGGGGCAAAACACAGAAUCCCAGAGGAGUGUCAAGAGACGGACAAAGAACAAGAGAGGCCACAUGAGGCAGUGAGCAAGUUUGCAAAGCGGAGCAAUGAAGAAACUGUAAUGUCAGCAAGAGACAGAUACUUAGCCCGGCAGAUGGCACGGGUUAAUGCAAAGACAUAUAUUGAGAAAGAAGAUGAUUAAUGACUGCCCCCAUAGAAAGACCUAUGGAACCACAGAACUCCUGGAACAUGCUGUGUGAAUACAUGAAGGAGUGUGUUAACAGUGGUUGUGAGGGUAUUUUAAGAUAUUUUUGAAAUUCAUUUUUGGUUUAGGUUAAGUCAGAAGUCAAUCCUUUUAUCUUGAAUGUUUGACUAAGUUGAUAUAUAAUAUUUACCUAUAAGUACAACAUUUUGGGUUUUAUUCAAGCAGCCUAAAGAGUGCUUAAUCUCCAUGGGUACUUAAUAAGGAAAAUUGGCUCCACUACAACCAUUUAAAAAUAAUUUAAACAACUCUCCUUAUGGUGGUUUUGUUACAGGAAUUGUUUUUAUAAAUAUUGUGUCUCAGAUAAAAAUACGUGGAUUUGAACAGAGAACUAUUGUUAUAGUUUAUGUUCUAAAAUUUGUAUUAAAAGCAUAAAAUAUAGAUCACACAUCUUGUCUGAAUAAGCUUUUUAGUUCAUACUAGGCUUAAAUGAAAAUAAAAAGUGAUACUUUUGUACAUUUAA